CCGAAAUGUAUCUGCCCUUACCAUUACAUCUGAGGCAGAGAUGAUCACAUCAAUAAUGUGAUCAACCCAAGCCUGAACACUGUCGUCUUGUUAAUUAUAACCAAUGUAUAAAAUAGACUGAAUGGGAAAUGGCCCUUUUCUCUGUUAAGUAGGCAUAUAUUCUCUGGAUAUAAAAAGACUCAAUCAAUAGAACUCCUGGGCAGAUGGAAAUGCUGUCUAAUAACACAUUAUGUGCACUGAAACAUAUCCCGAUAGAAAUGGUGGAACAAGUGGAUGGUCAGUUGUAAGAGGGCCUCUAAUGUUUGCCUCAUUGUGGCACAUAAACUUAUUACUUAUCUAGUAAGAUCCAUGUGCUGCAACAGCAAUUGUUACCCUGGUGGCCACUGAAACAAACGAGGAAAAACACCAUCACUGUCUAACGUCGCCGCGAUAGCCCUCGCCCUCUCACCAAUAGUUGUUCUUCCUGUGGAGGUGACAGCUCUGUAGCACAGGGGCAUCAUUAUGCUCAAAAAAUAUCGAAUGUGUUAAGUUUAGCCUGAUCCACGGGAUACAGGUUCUCAUCAAAAGUUCUGAGGGCAUUCAAAUUCAAGUCAUCAAAUAUAGUACUGAGUUUAUUUAUUCGUGCUUCUGUUUGCAUCUUUGGAAGCUGCAAAGAAAAGAUGGAGGUGUGAUCUCAGUCUCACACAGACCUAGGAAAACAAAGUGAUUCACGUGGAGCUCAAAAUGUCUGGAGAUGGUCCAUAUAACUGAGGUGGAACAAGUACCUGAAGACAGGCUGCAAUUGAAUUUUUUUGACUCAAUAGCCAAACACCUCUUUGGCACUGAGCUCGCCUUGAGUUUUUUUUAAUCUUUUUGUCGCUAUUUGUAUCGCCCAUUGCAAUCCAUGCGCUUAAACUGUGAUACCUUCUCUCCGAGCUACAGAAGGUUCUGCUUCUGCGUUAAAGAAACGCGCCACACAAUAAAAACUGAGCAUCUAAUUUGUUUCAUUCACUUACAAAUAGAAUCUGCUUAAGUAGUGAACGAGAACGAUCAAGAAUAUACCACUGCAUCCACAAUUUGCGUGUUAAUAUGGUACGAUAUUGUAAGCAAACUCACGUUGAGUACUAAACGGUUGACAUUCACGAGUGCUGAUAAAAACAGUUACUCACUGAAUGGCUGAAGACUGAUGCUUUCUACACAAAGAAUAUUUUUCUGUCCUUAACGAGGCCAUUUUAAACACUCGAGGCAGUAUUACACUAUAAUUCCUACCCCUUUUUCCUUCACAGGUGACUAACAUUUGAAAAGUUUGACACUUACCGAUGUGUGAGAUAACCGGAAGAUUUAUGUGUAAGUGUAAUAAGCUAAAUGCCCAACCUUAUUAGACAACAUUACAAAUCAGAUAUGCCUGUACAGAGGAACGAUAAAAAGAAGUACGACAAUAUACUGGAUAAUAAUUUCAACAAAUGUUUAACACAGUGCAGUUACUCUGUUGUGACAUAAAUAAUGCUUCGCAAAACUUUUACAAGACACUUUCUUUCCCUGUCAUCUUUAAGUAAAUCAAUGGAACUGGUUUCUUCUGUCUUCUGUUUGUUUCUCUUUCAAACUGGCGAUGUUCAAAUGUCAAUCGCCACUUGUAUCAAUUCAUAUGUUGGCAACAUCCAGCUUACGUCAAUUAUUUUGUUUUAUUUUGUUUCCUGGAGCAACGUGGAUAGCUGGAUACAAUGUUGUUGUCAGAACUGAGAGUAACAAGUGUUUACAAUGAGCUCCAGAAAUAAAGGUUCUAGGGUAGAAAGGGAGACAUCAUCAUCAUGUGUGUUUUUUACAUUUGUGUUGUGUAUAGCAGUACUGUGGAGUUUACGCCGCUGGUGGAACAACACGCCUCAUUUCCAUUCUACUGCUGUCAGUCGAAGGAGAAAAUUUACCCGGGAUCCAGCAGAUGGAAGGCGCCCACCACCUCUUCCCGUUGCAAUAAGGGAUCGAUUGCAGAAGGGAGGAAAAUCGGAUUAUUUCCUUGUGAUGCCAGGUAGCAGGCGAAAUGUAACAAGACCGUCUUCUGGGCGACCGCCAGCUCUGCCGUUAGGCCUUCCGUCCUGCGAUGACGUGCAGAAAUCUAGGGAUGUUGAUUCUGAUAGCGAAUCAGGGAAAAAGGAGACAAAAGUGCGGUCACAUCAUAAUUUGUACAGGGGAGCAAUUGGAAGCAUACGACUCUAUCUCAUUGAGCAACCACUUCACUUCUGCAUGGAUGGACUUUCAUUCAGAGCAAGACAGAAUGGAUCUCCAGGACAAUAUGGAGAAAAUACUUCAUCGAGGUUAAUAGUUCCAAAACACAUUCCAGUUCCAAGCAUACCUCAAGAUGGAAGUAUGAUAUUUGAAAUGCUGAUGUUUAUUUUCACGGUGGCCUCAUCAUUUUUACAGUUCCUCCACUUGUAUCGAACAGUUUGGUGGCUGCCACAAUCACAUACGAAGUAUACUAUGAACUUCUAUCUUAUUGAUCCAUACCUGGUAGGAUUUAUUGUUACCAUUUUGGGUCGACGCCUUGUAUAUUGUGCCUUAACUCAUUUUGUGAUAACUUGGUGCCCAGCACAGCUGUGGCCCUUAGUGCAACAGCUUCUCAGGUUAAUUCUGUUAUGCCUGGUGAUGUCUUCCCUGGUUUGGUCUGCAUACCACAUUUUGCAAAAUCAUCCAAUAGUAAAUAUUUUCUAUUUAUGCUAUCCGAUUUCUGUUUAUUUUAUCCUGUUUGGGCUCAGCAUAAGCCCAUUUUUUGACGUUACCUCAUUAUCCGCGGUAUCAAAAGAGGAAUGCAAAGGACGUCCAAUUGUAGGGAAGCCAAUGCAUAGUUGUUCAAUGUCACCAUACAUAAUAAGGGAUGAAAUAGAAGCACUGAAGACUGAUUUUAAUAAUAGAAUGAAACAAGUGCUGUUUAGCUCUGUACUUAAUGCCUAUUAUGCAGGAUUUGUGCCUUGUUGCUUUGCCCAGAGUUUCCUUUAUUACGAUGUCUACUGGGCAACACAGCAUCUAGCAUUUGUUUGGCUUGGGUGCUUUAUGAUGUAUAUUGUACACUGCUAUCCAGUGAGAUACUGUGAUAUUCUGCAUCGUGCAGCCUUGCACCUGGGAUGCUGGUCGAGGAUUGAAGGGAGAUCUACUCAUGUACCAACACACGUGUGGGCCGAGUCAACAGUGUGGCAUCAUGGGGCAUUGGUGAAACACUGCAAAGAAAUCUACAGAGCUGAUGGAAUAUCAAAUGCAGCAGAACCAGGAAACCAGACACAUGCAAGGUUCUAUGCCAUAUUCAACAACCCAUCUGUUCUUCUAUGCAUCCUGUUGGGACUUCAGCUACUCCUUAUUGCAAUACAACUUAUGGUGUUAAUUAGGUGUUCAGAAUGGUACCAAGUUAUGUCACUUGCACUUUUGUUAUUUGCAAAUUACUAUUCUCUUUUUAAACUGGCAAGAGACUAUUUUGUAUGUUGGAAAGUUUACAAGGCUGAACAAAUGAUACAAGAUAAAUUAGGAAGUUGACGUUUGUCAACAGAACCAUCUCAUAAUGAUCUCAUGCUUCCUUUAGAAAAUUGUAUUUCUAUCACCUUUUACAUUGUGAGGUGUUUAACAACAGACAACACUAUUUUUAUAAAAAAUAUAUUAUUCCUAUGGAAUAAGAAAAUUAUACUGAUGUGUUAUGUAAACACAGCCUUUUAAUACAAACAUGUAAUGUAAAACUACAAGCAAUAACUUAGCACUGCCUGAAAUGAACGCCUCCAUGUUAAUCCUUUGGAUAGAUAGCUUUUAAGUUUGGCCCUGGUAUGUACUGUGCUCCAUCAAAAUACUCAAAUUUACUGUCAACAUCUGCAUUCUGUAUCUGCAAGAGAGAGAGAUUUUGCAGUAUUAGUCAAGAAAGUGGAAAACUUAAAAUACUUAAUCUAACAUUCUCUAUGUACAAUUCAGCAAAGUGCACAGGUUCAGUUCAACACAGACCAUACAACUUUGGAUUGCAUGGUCUGUCUUACCAAGACAUACACCAAGUUUCAAUUUUACCUCUAACAUUUUAACAUCACAGUAUUUGUAAUAUACUGCUAUAGCAUGUGUUGGUAAAUUUACUGACACUGUAAAUAUUGUUACAUAGAAAUAAAACACUAUUUGUGGAUUUUUAAGAAAUCUCACUCAUGUUACAAAUUUCAGUAUUCUAAAGAAUUUAUUGCCAAUCACCUGCUGCCAUGCAUCAGUAUUAUUUAUGAAAAUGAUUCUAUGGAUAAGAGUCAUACUUACCCAAUUCAACAAAACACGUUAUUCUGGACACCUGAAAUUGUCACUGACAGUCAGUCACUGCAAAAUGCACUCUUUCAUAGACUUUCACCCUACAAUCCUUACACAUGACAAAGCCAUAAUUGUCUGCAAGCUCUGCACUAUUUGUAUUUUAAGAUUUUUCUCUCCAUUUCUUUACACUCACAAACUACAAUAUCAUUUACUUCAAGCAAGCUAAUAGUAGCAUCUUAUAACUUGUCAUGCAUUCAUUGCAUUGUCUUAAAUUAAUUCAUUUGCUACAGAUGCAUUCCAUGGAUUGAAGUACUUUCUGUGAUAUAUUAUUAAUGUUGAAAUAUUAAUUGAGCAAUACAUGUGAAGUAAGCAUGAUUUUAUCUGGUCAUUACAAAGAUUACUCUGCUUAAAAAUAUGUGAAUGAGUCAAGAAAAAAUAAUCACAUUUACAAAAUUAAGUGUAAAUGAGGUGAAAGGUCAAAAGGUAAUACAGAAGAACAUGGAAAUAAUGUAUGAAGGCGUACUGAAAAGUAAUGCCUCCAAUUUUUUUUAUGGGAGAACUCUUAAAGCUUUAUAAAUAAAACACAGUAUUAACAUUCUA